UACACCAGCCAGGUGAAGCGAAACUCUGACAGUGCUGCUCGAGCAAAUCUUUGUGCUCCCGGCCGGCUCGAUGCGUGUGCAAAAGCCGCCACCUCUUCCACAUGAGGCCUCCUCCAGCGGGCGAAGACAUCGUCAGCCCGAGCUGAGGUGGAGGAGGAAAAGCCUGCAAAUCUUACUUCACUAGCGUUUGUUUCCCCGCUAGCGUAUGACACGCUUAUCGAAUCUUGUUUCCCCGCUAGCGCGUGACACGCUUAUCGAAAUCCCAGGAGAGCGUAUUUGCCGGAGCAGCAGGAGCGGAAUAGCGUCGGAGAGAUUAUCUUUUCUUUAUUGUUUCUUGGCUCCACCAAGGCUGUCGAUUUCGACAGCAUUGUUGGAGGCGGCCUGAUAGCGCGAGCGUCUGACACCACACUUGGAUGGCCAGGCCGCCGCCGCGGGAUAUGAGCCAAGAACCAGCCGCCGUUGCCGUCCCCAUGACCAUGACGUCCGCGCCGGCCCAGCCUCGCCCGCACGUCCUGCUCGUCGCCGCCCCGUUCCAGAGCCACGUCAAUCCGCUCCUCCGCCUCGGCCGGCUCCUGGCAGCCAAGGGCCUCCUCGUCACCUUCACCACCGCCCUCCGCGCCGGCAUCCGCCUCGGCCCCGGUGACGGCGACGGCGACGGCGACGGCGGGGGCGCGGGAGCGGAAGCCGGCCGCGGGAGGCUCCGUGUCGAGCUGCUAAGCGGGGGCGGGAUAUGGGCGCCCGUUGACCCCCGGUUCCGCGUGGCCGGCGACAUGGCGCGCCACGUCGAGGCCGCGGGCCCGGCGGCGCUCGAGGAGCUCGUCCGCGGCCAGGCCGAGGCCGGGCGCCCCGUGACGUGCGUCGUGGCCAACGCCUUCGUGCCGUGGGCGCUCCGCGUCGCCGGCGAACUGGGCCUCCCGCGCGGCAUGCUGUGGAUCCAGUCCUGCGCGCUCCUGUCCGUGUACUACCACCACGUCCACGCGCUCGCGGCGUUCCCGGAGGCGGGCGCGCCAGGCUCCGUGACGCUUCCGGGGCUCCCGGAGCUGGACGCCGACGACCUCCAGCCCCUCCUGAUCUACGCGUCCGGGCAGGACCUGUGGCGUCAGAUGCUCGUCGCGGACCUCGGCCGCGCCCGGGAGACGGUGCCGUGGGUCUUCGCGAACACCUUCGACGAGCUCGAGCGCUCGACCAUCGAGGGGCUUCGCGAACACUUACCAGUCAUACCCGUCGGUCCACUCCUCGAGCCAGACGACGCCGACGGUGAAUCCUCCCCGGCUGCCGACGACGGCGGUUGCACGGCCUGGCUCGACGCGCGCCCGCCGCGGUCCGUCGUGUUCGUGGCGUUCGGGAGCCUCGUGAACAAUGACUCCGACGAGGUGGCGGAGAUAGCUGCGGGGCUAGCCAGCACCGGCCGGCCGUUCCUGUGGGUGGUGCGCGACGACACCCGCGCGCUCCUCUCCGCCGACGCCCUCGCCGCCGCCUGCCGCGACCGCGACCGGGGCAAGGUGGUGCCGUGGUGCGCGCAGGAGCGCGUGCUCGCGCACCCCGCGGUGGGCUGCUUCGUGACGCACUGCGGGUGGAACUCCACCGCCGAGGCGCUCGCCGCGGGCGUCACGGUCGUCGCUUCCCCGAGGUGGUCCGACCAGCGCAUCAACGCGAGGUUCCUGGUCGACGUGCACCGGGUCGGCGUCCGCGCUCCGACGCCGCUGACGAGGGACGCGCUGCGCGAGCGCGUCGAGGAGGCGAUGGGCGGGCCCGAGGCCGCGGCGAUGGCGCGACGGGCGGCGGGCUGGAAGGAGAAGGCGCGCGCGGCGGUGCGCGGCGGCGGCUCGUCGGACCGCGGCGUCCAGGCGUUCGUUGACCAGAUAAGGCACGCGGGAGCCCGGCACUGACUUGGUCGCCGCUCGGUCGUGCACAUCGCCCUGGUGGUCUGGCGCUUAGCAGAGGACCGGCAGCGGGUGGGGACGUGCAGCUCCCGUCGCAUCGCUGCUGUGCAGCAGAAUAAUCGCGGGUUGCAUGUACUUGUACUUGUUUCCAUGUGGUUUGUAUCGUUUGUAAGCUGUAACAAGCGGGUGCGUUGGUUUUCUUGCCUCCAAAGUUUAUAGACCCGUCACAUUAAAGAGAAUCUUA